AUGCCGUUCCACACUCGAGCGCCAGGGACACGAUCGAGUCAGCACCCGAUCUCGUCGCCGUCGAGCAAGUACGUUUCACCCGGUACGAACGGCCGUGCACCGACCUUGGCCUCGGUUCCUCGGCUGCCGUCGCAAAUGCCGCUCGAUUCGUCGUCUCCGAGCGCGGCGAUGACCGCUAGCCCGACCUCGACCCCGACCCCGACGCCAACAUCAACGCCGACCGCAGCGCCGCAGUCCCACUCGUCCCGACGUCUGACCAUCAGCAAGAUCCUCAACAAAGGGCGUAGAUCGAGCAACACGGCGCCUGUCUUGACCAACUCGCUCCCUGCGCCUGCACUGACGCCCGUGACCGUCAGCGACCGCGACAGCAGCCCCGCCGCGAUCGCCACCGGGUUCGGCCUCGGCACCGGCCGCACCUCGAUCCGCCGUCCCUCCGAAAGCUCCGCGUCGGCGUCGGCAUCUCCGUCCCAGUCGUUCGUAGUCGUCGAUCGCGUCUCUAGCGAGCAUGGAUAUUGGCAGCAAAGGAAUUCCGCCGCCACAGAGAGCAGCGACGUGGACGACGCGAGUAGUGGCAGUGGCCACAGCGAGGACGAGGAAGGUGAGCAUCUGGCCCACCUCCACUUUGCGGAGCCCAGUUCAAGUCCAUGGGCAUUGGGCGCGUUUUGAGAUCGAUUGCUGACCCGGUACGGCACUCGUCGUAGACAUUUCCGACUUCAUCCGUGCUUUUUCAGACGAUACAUCGCUGAGCUCGCCCAGAAUGUCUCGUGAGUGUGUCUUCUCUGGGAGCUACGGUGUGGACAGGGGACGACGACGCCGAGCUCACCCCUUUUGGCUGGCUUCGCCCGAUCUUGCGUGCAGCGAUGACGUUCUUGUCUCGUCCACGACUUGGCCUGGAUUCGGCUCAGCAAUCUUCGUCAACAUCCAACCCGGUAUCCAGUCGCACCACCUCGUCGGACGAGUCUCCCGUGCCCACGACUCCACCACCCCUUUCCGCUCGACGCUUCACACAGAGUUUGCGACUCUCGGACUUGUCGACGACCAAUCAGCCCGCAGACUCUUCCCGCGACGAUUUGGAGGUAGUGCAGGAGACGAGCACCACAUCGCACCAGCCCGUGGUGUCGGAUGCGAACCCCACCGCGUCGCCGACAGAGAGACGUCUCCGCGCGCUGCCACGACUGCUGUCGUCCGACGCCUUCAUGUAUGUUGCUGUACGAGAGAGCGGAGCAACGCGGGGAGAAGAGGCCGCGGAAGAGGAGAGUGGGAUCGAGACAGACCAGGAAAGCGAAGCCGACACUUCGCCUACACCAAGCGCGGCGCCGUCACAGCUCCCCGUCGCCCUAGAAGCCAUCACUCCUAGCGUUCCCGCAGUUGGUCGACCGACAAUGCCCCGCGAGACGAGUGCUUCGCGUCCGCGAGGCCUCUUGUCCGCAUCGGUAACGAGUGGCGUGUCGACGUCUCGAACGCCGCGCAUAUCACCGGCGGAGCCCGUGCAAUCUUCCUGGGUCACCUUUGGGUCGGCGACCCCGACCCCUGGCCCUCUUCGAACAGCGCGCACAGCUACGCGUACCUUCGACUCGUUGGAUUCGUACUUCGAUCUUCCGCGAGGACCCGCCGCGACCACCGCGACAUCUGGAAACUUCGCUGCGACCACGUCCCGUCCGCCGAUGACCCCUCUUCUGCCCAUGUCAAUGUCGAACUCGGCACGCGGACGUCGUCCGGCGCGACAGGACGAGCUGCCUGCUUCGCCCCCGCCGACGCGUGCGAUGGAACGGACGGAUGCUACCGCAUUAAGGGAAACCAUUGGGGACGAAUCAAGAGCGGAACCAAAGAGCGUGAUUUACCAGCGACCAUCCCACAGCGCUAUCGACCUGCGCAGCCCGAGCUUGCUUGAUGAGGAUGGGUCACCCCUCGGCACUGCCGUCUUGACGGAGUUGGACCCGGUGUGGGGUCACGGUGGAGACAUCGCGACGCCGGGGCCAUCCUUUCUUCCCGUUUCAUCCUUUGGUAUUCCGCGAAUCAUCGAUGCUCACUCCAGUGGCUCGGCGCAUUCCCGCGCCCCCAGUCCAUCGCGAAAGCCGAGCACGACCCAAGUCGUCGGGUCCCGGAUACAACGUCGGAGUUCAAUGUACGAGCUGGCGACGGAGCCGCCUGCCUACCAUGCGCAGUACAAACGUGCGGGACAGGCGCCGCAGCUCGUUUUCCCUCGAGAGGAGGAGGGCCGAGAAGGGCUGCCGACCUACAGCUGCGCGAUUCACCUCGAAGGCUACAUGCCGAUGAAGAAGGAGUUCUCGGCGCCGAGCGUACAAUCGAAGGACCGCGCUUGGAAACGAAUAUACUUUGUCCUGCACGGAACUUCAAUCAAGAUCUAUCGACACGACUUGCGCACCCAUCCGAUCCCCGGCGAAGAGGACUGGCUCAGCAGUGUGAGCUCCCAAGAUCCCGCCGCUGGACCGCACUACCACCAAGGGGAAUACGGCAACGAGAACCCCAUCGCAAGUUCUCACAAGUUCUCCAUCACCGACGCCAAAGCAAAAGCUAAGAGCCGAAUUACACACGCGGGUACGUCGGAAAACAACGCUUUGUUGCGUCACUAUUCGCUCCAGCACGCCGAGUCGGGUCUUGCUGCGGACUACCUCAAACGCAAGCAUGUGGUACGCGUUCGCGCCGAGGGUGAACAGUUCCUGCUUCAGACGAACGGAGAUCGUGGGACCAUUGAUCUCAUCGAGGUGCUCCAGGCGGCGACGAACGUUGCACUUGACCUCGACACCCGCGUGCUGCCCAAGUUUAUUACUCUUCCUCGUCGGCGGCGCCGAAGACGGCGAGUUGUGGAUCCGAACGCGAAUGCGGCCAGAGCGGUGGCUUCGUCGGCCACCUCGACCUCUGCGGAUGGAGAAGCUGAAACGACAGGCGAGUCCACGGCGGACUCUGAUCCCACCGAUCGCCUGGGUGAUAUGCUGGAAGAAGAGCAGGUAUGUCUUCCCUAG